UUUUUAUCGUGUUUGAAGAUCGCUGCCGCCUGCUCGUACCUCGUAUCAGGGGCCACCUUGAGUUACUGCGCGGUGAGGCGCUGCCUCCCACGGUCCAUGGACCACCGGGCGGCGGAUAUCCAGCCCAUACCUGACCGUACCUCGUAGCCUGUAGGGCAUUCUAAUUUUGCAACAAGUUCCACUUUAUCUCUGAAAAGCUGAGGACCUGGCUUGUUUGAUGGUGACGUGGGAUCGUAUAAAUAUGAAAGAUCAACGAUAUUUUAGUCCUCACGACUUUCGUUAAUUUCCAACUACCUACUUUCUGACUUUCCUUGAUUCCAAUCGGCAUACCGAUCAUUCUUUUCCGAUGGCGUACAAAUAUUACGAGUACAACCCCUCAGAAGGCGCUGCAAUCCCUUUCGCCGCCCUCUUCGCCCUGUCAACGGCCAUCCACAUCUGGCAAGCGAUCCGCGCCCGGACAUGGUACCUCAUACCCUUUAUCAUCGGCGGUCUCUUCGAGGCAAUCGGCUACCUCUGUAGAUUCAUCAGCGCGCGAGAAACCCCCGACUGGACCCUCCAGCCGUAUAUCGGGCAGACCCUGCUCAUCCUCCUCGGCCCCUCGCUCUUCGCGGCGUCGGUAUACAUGCUUCUCGGCCGCAUCAUUCGAACCCUGAAUGCGGGCUCUCUAUCGCCUAUCCGGCCGACGUGGCUCACCAAGAUCUUCGUCGUGGGCGAUGUUAUUUCAUUCUUGAUGCAGAGCGGAGGCGGCGGCAUGAUGGCCGGCGCAAAAGACGCCGACAAGGCCAAAAUGGGCCAGAACAUGAUCCUGGGCGGCCUCUUCGUGCAGAUCCUCUUCUUCAGCCUCUUCAUCGUCGUCAGCAUACUCUUCCACCGCCGCAUGCUCUCAACCCCUCUGCACUGCACGGGUGGAACCAGCAUCCCCUGGAACAAGUACAUGAAGAUCCUGUACCUCGUCAGCGUCCUGAUUAUGAUCCGCUCGGUGUAUCGCGUUGCGGAAUAUGUGGAGGGCAAGGAAGGGGAGCUCAUGAGUAAGGAGGUCUAUAUCUAUGUGCUGGAUGCGGCGCUCAUGCUGGCGGUUUGUGUUGCGUUUAAUGUGUGGCAUCCUGGGAAUGUUGUGGGGAGGGACGUUGAGUAUAAGCAGGCGGAGGAUUUGGAGAUGUUGUCUGGACGGCCCGAGGGGAGGUUUUAGGGGGCUCUUGAGGUGUUUCUUUGAGUUGUUUGUGGAUAGAGAAUGGGCGGGUUAAAUAGAAAUACAGUCUAGAUUGUCUUCCUGUCCGAUGAUCAAUUCAGAUUUGGACUUGAGUAUGAGUAGGCAUGGGUACUAUUGAGAGAGGACA